CUGAUUGGUCCAUAGCCCCCGCCGCUGUGACUCCGUCCUUUCUGUUCAUCAAGUUCGGUUGAGUUGUUUAAGAGUUCAUGUCAGACUUAAAGAAGCGUGAAAAACUCGCGCCUUCACACAUUAUGAGCGAUCCACAGCAGAAUGAAAUGGCGGCGCUGCUGGACAACGACACGAGCUUCAUACAGAAGAGAAACUCCAGCACAGCUCAGGACUCGCAGCAGCCGUCCCCUUUAGCGCUGCUGGCUGCCACCUGCAGUCGGAUCGAUGAAAAUGACGCGGCAGAACAACAGUCGCGUCAGAACCAGGACGCACAGCUCGAGCUCCAGCAGCCCCAUCUGUCCCACAGCGCUAACGGCUGGCACGUGGUCCCGGUGUCCAGCAGCACCUCCUGCUCCGCCGCGGAGGACCGGAGCCGAGCCGGAGCCCUGCUGCAGCCGCAGUACGUGAUGGCCUCCUCGCAGAGCCUGCAGAGCCAGCCGGUGUUCACCACGCUCUCUGGGGUCAUGCCGAGCGUCCAGUACCAGGUGAUCCCGCAGUUCCAGACCGUGGACGGACAGCAGCUGCAGUUCACUCAGACUGCUCCUGAGGUGUCCACAGCAGCGGGGCAGUUUCAGCUGGUGUCCUCUCCCAGCGGGAAUCAGCAGCUCAUCGCUGCCCCCACCAGCAGAGCUUCUGGAAACAUCCUGACAGUCCCUGGACUCUUCCAGCAGGCCAUCCCGCUGCAGAACAUCAGCCUGGGCGGAGCGGUGCUGCCCAAUCAGGCGCAGUUCCUGACCAACAUGCCGCUCAACGCCAACAUCACGCUCCUCCCGGUGGGCUCUGUAGGAGACGCGAACACCUCAGGAGCUCCUCAGCAGCUGUUCCAGACCAGCGUGUCGUCCACCACCGCAGCGGAGUACUGCACCACCGCCACCAGCACACAGACGACUGCGCAGGGGGUCGUAACGCUAGCUCAGAGCAACACCGCAGAGCCUGGGAAGUCCUUCCAGAACACGCCCGGAGACGGACAGAAAGCCAGUCAAGCUCAGAUCAUGAUUCAGCCGCAGCAGGUGCUGCAGAGCGUCUCGGCCGGCGGCCAGGUGUUCGCCACGCAGAGCCUGUCUCAGGACGGAGUGCAGAACGUUCAGAUCCAGACCAUCGCCAACGGCAGCCCCAUCCUGAUCCGCACCGUCGGGCCCAACGGACAGGUUAGCUGGCAGACGCUUCAGCUGCAGAGCCCCGCUAACACCCAGAUCACGCUAGCGCAGCCCGGCACGCUCUCGGGCCUGCAGACCAUCAACCUGAACACGCUGGGAAACACAGGGCUGCAGAUGCACCAGCUGCAGGGGGUUCCCAUCACCAUCGCCAACACAGCGGGGGAUGUGAGCGGGUCAGCGGGGGACGCUCUGGAGGACAGCGGGGCGCUGGAGGAGAAUGUGGAGAGCAGCCCGACGCCCAGCAGCAGACGCACACGCAGAGAAGCCUGCACCUGCCCUUACUGCAAAGACGGAGAGGGACGUGACCCCACUAAGAAGAAGCAGCACAUCUGUCAUAUUCCCGGCUGUGAGAAGGUGUAUGGGAAGACGUCUCACCUGCGAGCACACCUGCGCUGGCACACCGGAGAGCGGCCCUUCGUCUGCUCCUGGUCCUUCUGCGGGAAACGCUUCACUCGCUCCGAUGAGCUGCAGCGGCACAAGAGAACACACACAGGUGAGAAGAAGUUCUCGUGCCCGGAGUGUCCCAAACGCUUCAUGCGCAGCGACCACUUGUCCAAACACAUCAAGACACACUUGAAUAAGAAGAGCUCUGGGGUCGUGAGCAGCACAGAUAACGGCGUGAGCCCCGACGCCGCGGCCGAUCAGCAGACUCUGGUUCCUAUGGACCCGCGGUUAGCGUCCAGCGGCAUCAGCGUGCUGCAGGUCACAGAUCUGCACUCCAUUAAUCUCAGCAGCAAUGGCUAUUAAUGCACUGUGGUGUCUGGAGAGAUGCGUUGAGACGCUCCGGCCUCAGCCAGCGACGGGACGGAGAGCUGUGAAAGGUGUUUGUUUACCUCGUCCUGCUCCUCUUUAUGCAUCCCUUCCUUGUAUAUUCUCAGCUCUCUUUCCCCUCUUUUACCGAUUCCCUGAACUGAAACUGUGACGCGGUCACCUAAACAUCACUCAGCGGUCCACUUGAUGUCAAGAAAUGAGGAUACCUUGGGUUUAAACAGAACGACACCAAAAGAAAGAUGGAAAAAAAAAACUGUGUGAAAGUGAAAUCGUAGUCUUCUUUUUAAUAGUUUACUCACAAGCCAUCAUGCUUUCAUGUAUUAAUCACAGUAAAUAAGAUGAAACAAAAAGAUGUGAUGCUUUUUGUACAUAAGUUAUAUUUUUUCUAAGUAUGGAAAACUGCAAAUUCUGAAAUGACCUUUGUUUUGUGAAAGUAUGAAUUAUGCAGUCUUAAAUGUCGCCAUUUUUAUAUUACGUAGAUCUUCCGUAACAUUUUGUAUUGCUUUAGUUCUUUGUCUUGGUGUACAAAACACAUUUAAGUUACAGUAAAUGCAUGCGGUCGCUUAAUGCUAAUUGUCCCGGUUUUCUUGGUCGCUGUGGUCUUAAUGUUUCGUUUCUAGGGAAAAUGUAAACCAGUUCAAAUACAGAUGCCUUAAAGCCUUUAUAUAGAGAGGGCUCUUUUAUGAACUUGAGUUCAAACCAAAGCUCUACUUUCCUUUACAUGUUAACUCAGGUGAAUGUUACUCUUUUGGUGUUCAGCAUUCAUAAUUAUUAAAUUAAGAGGAACUUCACAAAG